UUUUCUUCUUCCCUUAUAUUCCACACUUCCUUUUCUCUCUGCUUUUUGCCCUUUGCAUAUCAUCACUUCAGUAUUUCUCAACUUUAUUUCCAAUUUGUCUUUGGGGUCUGUUAAUUUGGAAUAUCACUUACUAUGGCUUCAUCCGAACAUAUCAAAAGUGCUGAAGCAGUUGAAAGAAGUGAUGAUCUUGUAGUCAAGAUUCUACUGCUCCUCCCAGCAAGACCUCUGUUCAGAUUCAAAUUAGUUUCUAAACGGUGGCAAUCUCUAAUCUCUGAUCCUUAUUUUUCAUCCCUCUGGAGGCCUCUAACUUUCCCGAGUGCACUCAUUGCCCGGAAUUUGUCUUGGUCGUUCGGGAACAAGUGUGACAACUUCUCUUACAUUCCACUCAAAGAUGCAGCAGCAGUCGAGGAUUCUCCUCAUGGACUCUUGGAUUUUUUAAAAGGCGACUCUUUCACUUACACGGUUGAAAUCAUGAGUUCCUGUGGUGGUUUACUUUUCUGUUGCUGUUAUAAACCAUGGAUCAGAGAAUACUAUGUGUGUAACCCCACUACCAAGCAAUUCACCCUUCUUCCAAGUCCAGAUAGGCAUUACUCGCGAGACUUGUGUUUGGCUUUUGACCCUUCAAAAUCCCCUCACUACAAGAUUCUCAAUGUUGGAUUUCAUUACAAUGAGAUGUACUCUUCAGAGACAAACUCCUGGAGGCAAUUACGAGAUCCGUUUCCAAGACAAAUUCUAUUCCAUUUGAGAGAAGACGAAGACACGGGAGUUUUCUUCAACGGAGCAAUCUUUUGGGUGUUAGCCCGUAGCUUUUGCUAUUUUGAUAUGGAUAAGGAGAUUCUUCACUCUGAUUAUCCGAUGCCAGAAAUGGAUAUUACGUUUACAGAUUACUGGUUUGGAUGUGUCGAUGAGCGUUUGUAUCUAGUUGGCCAUUCGGACAGGGGAUGGAUCCGUGGUUUUGACGUGUUUGAAUUGGGAAACGACUAUUCAUGGAGCCUAAAGUAUCACGUUGAUCCAGUACUGGAAGUUCAGAGUAGCAUUCUUUCGGUUAUGACAAGAGAAGGGAAUGAUCAGGAACUAUUUAUGGCUGUCUACGUACCUUACCAAGUUAAAUUUAUCAACUUAAAAGAUAAUACUUGCAACAUGGUCUUGCCAAUACAUGCUUCUGUUGGCCUUACAUUUGCAAGUAGAGUUUAUCAUUUGAUUGAGAAUCCAUUCUUGGCUAUCUAACUUUUAGGAUAUAUGGUGUAAUACUCUUUGUAGUAGCGGUCUCUACAUAUCGUAUAAACAAUCGAAAGAAAAAUCUCUAUCUGAUAGGGCUAGGUACAGUCUCAAGGUUGUCAUAGUAUGUGACAUUUAGUAUUAUCAUCAAACCCUCUAUAACAACAUUUCACUAUAAUGAUCAAAUUUUCUUUGGAA